AGAGAAAGAGAGAGAGAGGCAGAGGCAGAGGCAGAGAGUGGGGGAGAAUCUGAUAUUAAUCAGUGCAUAGCUCGAAGCCAAACUUUCUCAGACGCAGUGUAGCAACAUGUUCCCCUCAUUUACUGCCUGUCUUUGUGGUCUGAGAGCUGCCACUGUCUCCCUGGCUGUGAGGUGGUGGGUGGUUGGAAGCAGUUAGGGGGCUUUUGUUUUGUUUUGUUUGUUUGUGUGUUUGUUUUUGUUGGUUGGGGUUUUUUUUGUUGUUGUUGUGGCUGUUGCUCCUUUUCCUGUCUGCAUUUGGAAUCGUUUUUGUUUUUCGCGGCCAUAGAUGUUCAACGCAAAGCUUCACAUGGAGAUUCAGGCUAUUUGCUGCACCUUGGUGAACUGCAACUGUGAUAGUUUUAAGCCUGGGAAACUGAAGAGGCGUCAAUGUGAAAACUGCAAGCAUGGAUGGGUUGCUCAUGCUCUGAGCAAACUGAAGGUUCACCACAUGUAUCAGGGCAGCCAGGUGGAGAUCGUGCACUCCAACGUGGUGUUUGACAUCUGCAGUCUGAUGCUGUACGGGACGCAGGCCAUCCCCGUGCGCCUCAAGAUCCUCCUGGACCGCCUCUUCAGCGUCCUCAAGCAGGAUGAGGUCAUACAGAUCCUCAACGCCCUCGACUGGACGCUGCAGGACUACAUACGCGGAUACGUACUGCAGGAUGUGGCGGGCAAGGUGCUGGACCGCUGGGCCAUCAUGACGUUCGAGGAGGAGAUCGCCACGCUGCAGCAGUUCCUGCGCUUCGGCGAGACCAAGUCCAUCGUGGAGCUGAUGGCACUGCAGGACAAGGAGAGCCAGGCGGUCAUCGUGCCCAGCACGCGCACCAACUCCGACAUCCGCACCUUCAUCGAGAACAGCACCCAGCAGCAGCAGCAGCAGCAGCAGCAGCGCAGCCCCAGCGCAGCCCUGCCGGCCGCCGCCACCACCAAAGUCGAGAAGCUGAGCACGGGCAACGUGCACCACUUUGAGAACUUCAUCAACAGCAUGGCGUUCAUGCUGCCCUUCCAGCUGCUCAACUCGGUGCCCGCUCCGCUGCUGGGCUCCGCGCCCGACUCGCUUCAGCUGGGCAGCAGCGCCGCAGGGGGGCACCGUGACCCCAGACAGGAGGCUCUGCAGCAGGGCCGGCUAUUGGACGACGCGUGCCCGCCCGGAGGAGACAGCAGCCUUCUGGGCUCCAGCUCGGCCUCCUUCACCUCCGACAUGGAGCGCUCGGACAAUCCCCUGGACGCCGUCAUCACCAAGAAGGAAGCCGAGGACUUCCCCAUGAGCGACAAUUACUCCGACGGCCCCUCCACGCCGUGCGGCGCCUCCUCGGUGAGCUCAGACGUCAACCAGAUGUCGCCGGACUCCAAGAUGCGCUCGCUGGACAAGAACGGCUGCGUGGGCAGCGGCCUGAAGAAGGGCCGCGUGUACUGCAGCGCCUGCGAGAAGACCUUCUACGACAAGGGCACGCUGAAGAUCCACUACAACGCCGUGCACCUCAAGAUCAAGCACAAGUGCACCAUCGAGGGCUGCAACAUGGUCUUCAGCUCGCUGCGCAGCCGCAACCGCCACAGCGCCAACCCCAACCCGCGCCUGCACAUGCCCAUGAACCGCAACAACCGCGACAAGGACAUGCGCCACCCCGGCUCGCCGCACUCGGGCGGCAGCGACGCCAAGGACAUGACGGGCAUGACGGGGGUGGUGUCGACGGGAGGGCACAAGCGGCACGAGUACGGCGCCGUGGGACCCAUCUCUCACGCCGCCGGCGCCAUGGACGCCAGCCGCUCGAGCGUGGCCAGCUACAUGGUGAACAACGCGCCCGGCGACAACUGCGCCAAGCUCCAGAGCAGCUUCCCCAGCCUGGGCCAGAGCGGCGGCAUCCUCUUCCCCAACCUGAAGACCGUGCAGCCCGUGCUGCCCUUCUACCGCAGCCUGGUGACGCCGGCCGAGCUGGCCAACACGCCGGGCACGCUGCCCGCCUCCCUGCCCCUGCUCUCCUCCUCCGUGCCCAUGAAGCCCUCGCCCGCGGCCACCGCCAUCGGCAGCGGCAUCAGCGGCGGCGGCAGCGCGGAGCACCACCACCACGCCACCUCGCACCACCACCACGAGCCCGCCGUGCCCAAGAAGAAGUCGCGCAAGUCCAGCAUGCCCAUCAAGAUCGAGAAGGAGGCGGUGGAGGAUAUGGAGGACAUGAUGAUGAUGGGCGGGAUGGACGGCAGCGACUCGGACGACGAGGCUCCUCCUCCUCACAUGGGGAGGAGGGCGUGCGGCCAGCGACACAUGUCCAGCGACGAUGGCGGCGGCGAGGAGCGAGGGCUAGUAGUGUCACCCAUGCAGAGGGACAUCAUGCAGCCGACCUCCAACGCUUUAAAGCGGCCAUUUGGUUUAGCGCAGAACACCAACGCGAGUAACAUGAGGGAGGAGGAGGACGACGACUCGCACUUCUUGGACUCGGGGCUGAGGCACGGAGGAGGAGGAGGAGGAGGAGGAGGAGGUGUGGAGGUCAUCACCUGCGCGUCGCCCAAACAGAGAGAUCAUGCACACCACCACAUGCACAGCGGCUCCAUGUCCGGAGCAGAGGAGGAGGAGGAGUGCGACGAAGACGGCCGCGUCACCAAGCAGAUCCAGCACAAGCCCUGUGAGCCCAUCUACGCAGACGGCAGCAACCACAGACUGACCAACGGGCCGCUCUUCCAAAAACUAGGAGGCAGCGGCGGUGGCGGCGAGAAGGAAGACGGUGAGAUGGCCGCGGACGAGUAUUGCGAUCGCGACGUGGACGGAGAAGGAGACCCUCACGCCAUGAGUGGGGAGGACAAAGAGGACCAGCCGCACCACUGCGAGAUCUGCAACAAGACCUUCAAGAACGCCUACAGCGUCAAGAUGCAUUACAGGAACCUGCACCUGAAGGAGAUGCACAUGUGCACUGUGGACGGCUGCAACGCCGCCUUUCCCUCGCGAAGGAGUCGGGACAGGCACAGCGCCAACCUAAACCUCCACCACAAGCUGUUGACCAAAGAUCACUAUGGAGGCUCCAGCACGGCCUACUCCACCUCCUCCCUCUGCAGGGAGAUCGCCAGCGACUUCCGCCAACAAGACUUCCCCCCCACGUCCAAAGACGUCGUGGGCCAGAUGUCCGUCAUCUUCAAGGGCCACAACCGCAUGGGCCUGGUCUUCCCCAUGAGCAAGGCCUCGGAGAGGGAGAGGGAGAGGGAGAGCGCCUCCACCGGCUCCGGCGAUGUCUCCCCGGAGGAGGAGGAGGAGGAGGGGGUGUCGGUGGGGGAUGAGGCGGUGCUGGACCUGAGCACCACGGCGGCCGGGGGGGGCGCCCCCCGUCCCGGCAGUGGCGGCCCUCCGUCCUGGGACUCGGACGCGGGCAGCGAGGCCGGCGCCGCCCUGGAGGACAGUGAGGAGGAGAGCUGUGACGGGCUGGGCCUGGGCCUGGGGGCAGGCGCUGAGGGCUUAGUGGGUGGUGGUGGUGGUGGUGGUGGUGGUGAGAGUGGGGAGCACUCUCCUGGUGGUGGCGGCCACCAUCACCACAACAACACACCCCAGCAGCUGCAGGCCGGCUCCCCCAUCACGUGCCAGCUGUGCCAGAAGGUAUACAGCAACAAGGGCACGUUCCGGGCGCACUACAAGACAGUUCACCUGCGCCUGCUGCACAAGUGCAAGGUUCCGGGCUGCGACACCACGUUCUCCUCGGUGCGCAGUCGGAACAGGCACAGUCAGAACCCGAACUUACACAGGAACAUGACUGUGAGCGCUGCUCCGGAACAGGAGUAGUUAGGACUUUUGUUAACUUACAGGGAUGGAAACUAUCCCCAACAUCCUCUUCUCAAAUUGAUUGAUUUGCUUACAUUGUUUUUUUUUGUUGUUUUUUGGUUGUUGUUGUUGUUUUCUUGAAUUAUCUGCAUUUAGGUGGAACAAGAACCUGUUUACUGGCACUUUUGGGGACUACAUGCAUGUAAGAAUGUAUCUUGAGGGGUGAUAUGUCAUGUCAUUGAAUUACAAUUCAACACGAUGUCUCUUAAACUGGCACAAGUCUUAAAAUCUUAAGAUUACUCAAUCAUUCCCUUUUCCUUAAAAAUGGAAAUGUUGUGAACACACUACUUUUUUAAUUCUAGAGGACAAUCUGCUUCUGGUAUAUAGUAGAUACACUAUAUUACAAUCAAUUCCAUUUAUACCAAGACUAUGUACGUACGUAUUCAUCAUCAGUUCUUUGUCAUGAUAAUUUCAUAUCAUAUCACUGCUGAAUCUAAAAAAGACUGUGUGGGAGAAAGAUAAGCACCUGACUACUGAUGACUAUCCAUUAGUCCACUAGAUUCGAAAGGUGCUUUUCAAAUACACAGAGGGGGACACUGGAGCAGUCAUGAACAUACUCCAAUGUUCUGUUCAUAAAUGAAAAAAACACACACGCGCGCGCGUACCACUUUUUAUGCACUUAUUUCGUAACUAUGUCAUUGCUGGCCUUUGGUCUGUUAUACUCAUCAGCUGCAAAGUCCUGUGAUCUCGGAGGAACCAAAGUGCUGUCUAUCGAUGUCAAUACAGCUGGUGCAGGGUUUCCCCCUUAUGUUCUCGCGUCCUUUCAUUUCAACCAUUAUGUUCAAACCAUUUCAAACCAGACACUUAAAACGUUUGUGUUAUUUAGUAGAUUUUUUUGUGUCACAUCUGGUGUGAGUGUAUGUACGUGCGUAUGUGUGUACUGUAUGUGUGAGUCAAAAUAUUGUUCCAGAGAGAAAACAAAAUACUUCAUUGUGACCGUUUUUUGGGUUUGUGACAGUUUUGGGUCCUUGGAUCCCUAAGGGUCUAUGAUGAAACCUUUAAUGUGUGUAGUGGUCCUGUUCAAUAAGUUAUUGUUGGUGGUGUUUGUACAGUAUUGUUUUCCCUCUGUACUUGCUGUCGUUGUUGCUCAGAAGGCUAUCACUGACCAAAGAGUAAAAGUCCUCAUCUACGAGGUAAGCAGUAUUACCCCAAGAGAUGCUUUGACAUUUUUCCCAAUGCAUCAAGCUAAUAUCAGUAUUCCAACCUUGGGUUUUGUCUAGAGCAAUUUUUGCAUUAUUUAAGGAAUUUUAUACCUUUUUUUGUUUUGUAUAGGAUUUGUUCUGGAUGCUACAGUCACUGAAAACAUAUAGGUUACACAAACAUCUCUAUAAAUACAGUCCUUUUGAAAAAAAAAAGUCAUGCAUUGUCCAAGCACGAUGAAAAGCCUCUGAAAAAGUACUGUAUUUUAAUGAUUUAGAAAAGUCCAACACUGAGGUGAAAUACUCCUGAAGUAAAGAAAAAUAAAAAACACUCAUAACAGAUCUUCUGAUACAUUAAUGUUUAUUUAAUUGUAUAUUUUGUGAAUAGUCAUUUUUAAUCGGAAAGGAACCAAAAAUGUAUACUGUACUGGAAUUGUUCUGUAUAUCGGGUGCGCUGUGCAUCCUGUGAAAUAGUAUCCACAGGUAAAUGGAACCUCCACAUAUUACUUUGAUGUUCUGCAUUGUUUUCUACAUACAGCAUCUCUUCAUUUCAAAUGCAUUCCGGAACAUAGUGGACUUCCUGUUUUCAAAAUAAGUAUUUCAGUUUCUUGAGUGAUGUCACAGUUUUGUAUUGAUUUGAAAACAAAACGUUCUGUCAAUAAAUGUCCAUGUUUUUGAUUUAAUUGUUCAAUAUUCAUUCAUCUUAAAUAAAGAAGCCAUAUUUGUUUGCAGGAA